CCACCCACGAAGAAGCCACUUAUCUUUCAUUUCGUCUUUUCUCAAAACCAGAUCCUAUCUUUAUUUUCACUCUCUAAAAGAGAUUGUGGUUUUGAGACAGUGUGUGCGUGUGUGUUAAAGCAAAGGAGGAUGUUUGGGAGAGUAAGGGCUUCUUCUUCUUCACCAGACUGCUUGGAGAGACCGUCUUCCAAGAUCCUCAAAGACGACACUCUCUCUAUCUACGAGGCUACAUUAAUGAAGCUUAAACUAGGUUCUCAGCGUGAUCAAAGCUCACCCUUUGAGGAGACUGUGGAAAUGGAAAGUGAGAGUAGCACUACAAGUGCUUCAAGUUUCGUGGAGUCCAAUAAUACCUCAACAACUGCCUUGAAAAGCUUACAGCAUGUUAUAACCUCACCCGAUGAGGAGGUGAUGACAAUAGAUUCAGAUAGUUCUUCUGCCAGUGAUCAGUUAAGUUUUAGUGCUAUGCAAUCUACAGGUGACUCAAAAGAUCAGCGGGGUAGGAAUGUUUCAGUGCUUUAUCUUUUUUCCAAAUAUAAUUAUUCUCGACAAGCAUUAACUCCUUUUGGAGAGGCAAUGCUGAUAGCAAGCAAUUGUUCUGCGAGUACUUAUGCUAGUUCUAGCAACUCUCAAUCUCUGGGCAUCUCAAAAGAGCAAUAUUCUGAACAUGAACAUCUUAGUUCCUCUUCUGCUUGUCAGAUGUAGGAUUUGUAUUCACAUCUAUGCCUUUCUUUCCUUAUUUUAUCUUUCAUUGGGAGAUCCCUAGACGGGUAUAAACAAGGGGUUGCAACCUGAUUGAUCACUCAACUGUAUCUUGAUUUGAUUCUUUUUUGUUUCACCAAGUUUUUUCAGUGUUUAUGGAAUUAGUGUAUCAUUCUUGGAA